GAAGCAGAAGUAUAUGCAGCGGCGGCGGUCCUUCUCUCAAGAAACCCUCAUGUACAUAUCUAGAUUCGGUUCAUUUUAUUAAGCAUCUUACAUUAUACAAGGUGCCGAGAAAAGAAAAUAGGUACACCUAAUACUCGGCUGCAGGAGAGCAUUUCCGAAUAGGAAACUGUUCACCCUCCCACCAGACCAGCGGAACAAAGGAAAUAAUCGAUUUCCUUCACUGAAAUAAAAUCCCUCAUCUUACUUUUCUUGUCUCCUCUCUCCCGUUCUAUCCCGUGAGUUGACUUAGUUUUGCUCACCACAAGAAAUUAGACGGCCUCUACAAUCCGAUCAGAAUUCGGCUUCAACCUGAUUGAUCGAUCGAUCUAGGCCGGCUCUCCGCUCUGCAACUGCGUCCCUGCUGAGGCCGCAGCGAGAAGCUGAACGCCGCGCCAUGGAAUUGGAGGCUCCGGUAGUCGAAGCAGAUCCGGGGAGAAGGAUCACAAGAGGAGCAGGAGGCGGCGGCGGCGGCGGCGAGGGGGAGGGCCCGGUUGGUCGGACCACCCUCCUGCCCUGCCCCAAUUGCGACAUCCAGGUGGUGCACAAGCUGGCGCAGCUGCUGCUCCCGGGCCUGGCCGCGGCGUGCGUCGACAGCACCCUCGGGAGCCCCUCCUCCUCGCUCGCCGUCCAGCUGCGCGCGGAGCUGGUGCGCUACGUCGCGCACCGGAGCAGCACCCCGGCCGGGGCGGAGGAGGAUCAGGAUCCGAUCGACCGCGACGACCCGGCCGAGGCGCUGGCCGUGUUCCUGGACGACUUCGCGGGCAGCAAGAGGAGCGUCGCCGUCUCCAUCGCCGGCUGGCUGCCGUACCUGGGCGGCGGCGACGACGGCCGCGACGACCGGAUCGACGACCUCGUCGAGGAGAUGGAGGCGACCCGCUUCUGGCCGGUCGAGCGGCGGGAGGCCGUCGCGCGGGACCUCCUCCGCGGCCUGGACGCCGGCGGCGGCCGGUUUCGCUGCCGCGAGGAGCUGGGGACGCCGGAGGAGCUCGCGGACCACGUCGCCAGGCGCUGCGGCUUCAGGCCCGUGCGGUGCCGGAACCACGCCCAGGGCUGCCGGGCCGAGGUCUCCGCCUGCCGCGCCGACGCGCACGACGAGGCGUGCGCCUUCAAGCUCCUCCCCUGCGAGCAGCGCUGCGGCCUCGCCGUCGCCCGGCGCCAGAUGGACCGGCACUGCGUCACCGUCUGCCCCAUGAAGCUCGCCAACUGCCCCUUCUUCCAGCUCGGCUGCGAGUCCGCCUUCCCGGCCUGCAAGCUCGGAUCGCACUGCGCGGAGUUCCUUCGGCCACACCUCCGCCUGCUCCUUAGUCCGAGCAAGAUCGGCGCUGAUCGUCUGGAUCCGGAGGAGCGUCUUCUACGGCUGGAGAAGUAUGAUUCCGAUGGUGCGUUGGGCGAAGCUUUGGACGUGAGGUCUCUCACUAACGCUCUUGCUCAGCUAGAGAAGAAGAUGAACGCUGAAGAUGGUUCCCCCGGUUACACCGGAGACGACAACAAAGAAGCAGUGCCCACGCAAGAUUCCAACUCCGCAGCUCUGCACUAGUUUCGUUCCCUGAUGCAGAUUUUUUUUGGAAAAAAGGCAUUUUUGUUUCGUAUAUACUCCCUCUGUACCAUAAUAUAUAUGUCGUUUUAACAGUUCAAAUUUUGAAUUGCUAAUGGUACGGAGGGAGUAUUUUUGGAAAGCACCACACCUUUUUUUGAACAACCGGCAGAAGCGUUGUCCUUUUAUUCAGCAGAACAUAGAAUUUGUACAAAAAACGAUGGUCCCAUUAUUUAAGCAGUUUAUACAAGGUUUGCGGAAA